AUGUUCUUUGUGGGGCUCAAUAAGAAAUUUAAGUACAUGAAGUUAGACCCAGAGAGACUGGUUGUAACGUGUGUACACGAUGCAUGUCUAUGGUCAAUUCGAGUUAUCUGCAGCAAAAGGCACAAGCAGUGGAUGAUCACAACAUGUAAGGGUCCCCACACUUACUCGUCACUCCAGGUGGAUCAUGAUGGAAGGAUGAUGGAUUCGAAGUUCAUUGCCAUCACACUUGAGUCAUACGAACGGGAAGACACUUCGAGAACAAUAGCAACCCUGUGUAGUCUUCUGCAUGCGAAGCACGACCAUUGGGUGUCUCACUAUAAGGUUUUGGAUGCAAAACAGAAGGCGGUUGCAGCCAUCUACGGGGAUUUCGAUGAGUCAUACGGAGAAUUGCCUCGGUUUCUAGCGGUGUUAAAAGAUGCAGAUCCAACCACAGUGACACAAUUGAAGUGCGACCAUCGUGGUGUGUCAGGAACUUGCACAUUUAACUGUGCCUUUUGGGCUUUUGGUCCGUGUAUUGAAGGGUUCAAGCAUUGCAGGCCGGUGAUAAGCGUCGAUGCAACACACCUCUAUGGCAAGUACAAGGGGAAGUUGUUGAUAGCAAUGGCAACAUAUGCUAACAACAAGGUUUAUCCGCUCACAUUUGCCGUUGUUGAGAGUGAGAGCAAGGAGACAUGGGGAUGGUUCUUAGCAUGCCUGAAAUGA